AUGGCUUCGACAUUUGCGCUCUUGGCUCUGACGGUGGUGGCCGUCUUGGUUCGUUCUGCACACAGCACGAAGAAGGAGCAGGAAGCUACAGCGCAUCUGGUGCCACUCGAAGCCAAUGCUGACACUCUGGUCUAUCUCCAAGUGGCAUGGCGACACGGAGAUCGUACUCCAGCAACAUCUGUGCCAUUCAAUGACGCGAGUGCUUGGGAGGAAGGUUUAGGAGAGCUGACGCGAAAGGGAAUGGGCUUCUCACUGCUGAACAAUUUAGCGGAGCAGUACCGACUUGGAAAGUGGCUAAGAGCUCGCUACGGCAAGUGGUUCGGUAGCCGUUUCGAUCGCAGCGAGGUUUUCGUGCGCAGCAGCGACUACAACCGGACCAUUAUGUCAGCAAUGGCAAAUAUGGCCGGACUAUUCCCACCUUCCAAAUCUGAGAUUUGGGACGAAAAGUUGAUUUGGCAGCCAGUACCUGUACACUCUGUGCCAAGAGCUAUCGACAAGGAGCUGUAUGAAGACAUAAACUGCCCCACGGCAAAGAAAGAGUUUUCGACGUUGUGGAAGUCCGAAGUGGUGACUCGGUUGGAGAGUGAAAACAAGGAUCUCGUCGAAUAUCUCCGAGAGAAGACCAAAAUACCAAAUUUCGAAUUUCGCAAGCUUUGGAUGGUAUUCGAUAACCUUUUCUGCAUGCUCCAGCACAACGAUACUCAGAAGUGGCCCUCAUGGGUAAAUGCGUCUGUGUUUGAUAGAAUCCAGAAACUUUAUGAUGCUUCUUCUCGGCUGAAGUACCACACCGACUUAUUACGUCGAUUACGAGGAGGUCCGCUGCUGAAUGACAUCAUAGGACGAUUCGAAGCGAAAGCAAAUGGAAGUCUGGGAGAUAAGCCAAAGCUCUAUGCUUAUUCAGCGCACGACACCACGCUAGCAGCGAUGUUGGCUGCUAUGGGAAUUUUCCCGGAACAUUUCCCCCGUUAUUCAAGUGCUGUACUUCUCGAACUUCAUAGGAAGGAUGGGCGGUUGUUAGUGGAGGUAUACUACAAGAAUGUCACAGAUGUGGACGAUUUAUAUCACUAUGACAUACCUGGGUGCGAGGAUCCUUGCGCACUCGAUGCAUUCAAAUCGGCUAUGUAUAGAGAAGAUUUUUUCAACAACGACUAUAUUCGAUUGUGCGUUGAUGCGCACGACACCACGCUAGCAGCGAUGUUGGCUGCUAUGGGAAUUUUCCCGGAACAUUUCCCCCGUUAUUCAAGUGCUGUACUUCUCGAACUUCAUAGGAAGGAUGGGCGGUUGUUAGUGGAGGUAUACUACAAGAAUGUCACAGAUGUGGACGAUUUAUAUCACUAUGACAUACCUGGGUGCGAGGAUCCUUGCGCACUCGAUGCAUUCAAAUCGGCUAUGUAUAGGUAUACUACAAGAAUGUCACAGAUGUGGACGAUUUAUAUCACUAUGACAUACCUGGGUGCGAGGAUCCUUGCGCUCUCGAUGCAUUCAAAUCGGCUAUGUAUAGGGUUUGGCAAACUGGAGCUAACAAUGCUGUCUUUAAUCGGCUGCCUGAUCUUAUAUACUCCCGUUGACUGGACUGCAGAAUGUGGUUUGGCUGGCCCAAAUGUCAAAAAUUAUAUGAUUUCAACGGCAGUUCUGGCUGUGACCACAUUGCUGUUAGCUGGAGUUCUCGUAGUAGAUGUGAUGUUGAAGCGAAAACGUCGUUUCUCUGUUGUAAACAAUCCGCUGAUAGCUGAGGAAGAGGAGUGCUGA